AUGGGGCCGAGCCCCGCUGCCCUCCCCGCCGCCCUGGCGCUGCUGGGUCUCGCCGCCGCCGCCGUAUCGCUGCCGCUGCCCGACGCCGGUCCUCACGUUAACUACGGCUGGGGGGAACCUAUCCGGCUGCGGCACCUCUACACGGCCAGCAAGCAUGGGCUCUUCAGCUGCUUCCUGAGGAUCGGCAGCGACGGACGGGUGGAUGCUGCCGGAAGCCAGAGCCUGCAGAGUCUGCUGGAGAUUCGCGCCGUGGCCGUCCGCACCGUGGCCAUCAAGGGCGUACGGAGUUCCCGUUACCUCUGCAUGGACGAGGCGGGCCGGUUGCACGGGCAGCUCAGGUACUCCACUGAGGACUGCUCCUUUGAAGAGGAGAUUCGUCCAGAUGGCUACAAUGUCUACAGAUCCAAAAAACACGGAAUCUCGGUGUCUUUGAGCAGUGCCAAGCAACGACAGCAGUUCAAGGGAAAAGAUUUUCUUCCACUGUCUCACUUCUUACCUAUGGUCAACACUGUGCCCGUGGAGUCAACAGACUUUGGUGAAUAUGGUGAUUAUAGCCAGGCCUUUGACCCAGAGCUGUACUCCUCUCCUCUCGAAACAGACAGCAUGGACCCCUUUGGCAUCACCUCCAAACUGUCGCCAGUGAAGAGCCCCAGCUUUCAGAAAUGA